AUGGAGCUUUGGCUUACUCAGCAUGACUCAUCUGCCAACAUCUCUGUUUGUGCUUCGAAACCCAAGAGGAAUGGAAUUCGAACUAAAUCUGCCAAUCAAGCAUUUUAUAAUCAAGAGGACAUUGGAAAAACAGCCAAGAAACCGCUGAAUAUAGAAAAUUGUGCUCAAAACGAGACUGUUAGCGACAUCCAAUACGAUCUCGUUGAACUGUUACAGCAAUAUUUGAGGGAGAAGAGUUUAUUGCGGUCUCAGAGUAAAUCUUCGGUAAAGACCCAAACUGAUAUGGAUGUAAGCAAUUUAACCGAAUUCGUAGCAACUGAAACGCAAACAUGCAAUGAAGUUGUCUUUGACGCAGCUGCUUCUAUGAUAAUUGAUGAUCCAAAACAACUGAAUUUAAGAAUGAUAUUUGACUUUACGAAUGAAUUGAGACACACACGAAGUAUUCUUUUAAAUUUGAAGAAGGACCAAGACCUUGAUCCAGAAAAGCAGCAAUUGGUCGAAUCCUUGCACGAAUCUCUAGAAACCAACAUACAUCAAUUAACAACAUGCAUUAAAAAUAUUGAGAGCAUUCCAUCACGGUGCGAUAUGUUAAAAAAUAAGUUAAAAUUAUCCAAAAAGUAUAUCAUGGAAAAAGAAAAUGAAAUCCAAGAACUUAAAAAAGAGAACAGAAUUUUGCAGGAUAAGGUCGCUGACAUUACGAAAAAGUUUGAAGAAUCAACUCGGUUAGUUGUAGAGAGUGACAAGGUCUGUUGUGAAUUACAAGAUACUAUAUCUAGAUUGAAAGUUGAAGUUAUUAGAUUGAAGGAUGCCUCGAGAUAUCUUACGGAAAAUAACAAGAAGUUAAAGUCAAGUGAUGCGGAUAAUGAAGUUAUGAAUAUGAAGCUGCGAAUAAACAAUUAUAUACUGCAUUGA